AUGGAAGGAGAAGGAAGCUCAUCGGAAAUGGAGUUUACAAACAUCGAGACCAACGCUGACUCGAUCGACAACUCAGUGAUCUUCCACGUCAUCAAAGGCGUUGUCGGUUUUGUUCUCUAUAUGCACCAGCAAAUCCCUUCGAUUUUGCAGGAUAUUAGUCUUGAAUUUGAUAGUUUGCAAACAGAAUACAAAGAGCUGGAGACGGCAAUUACACAAACUGACUUGAAGGCAUCUGUUCGAAGAAAUCACAUUAGCAAAAUGAGAGAAGUGAAACAUGGGACUAAGAGACUGGAGAAAUUGGUGAACACAGUAGGUGGGCUUGAGAGUGCGUUGCAACUCAUAAUUAGUGAGGUUCUUUGCAUUGAGGAAGUAGUUUUAGUUCUUGGAGCUAGUCCAAUACGGCCCCGGUAUGUAUAUGAAUUGUGUUUUUUGCGCGGAAAAGUUGUCCAAAGAGAUGAUGAUGGUGGUUUCGCUAAAAGCAAAGUUGCAGAAGGGAUUUCAAAAAAGGCUGUUCGUGCCUUGAUCAGGAAGGGUGCUGGAUCUGGUUCCUAUCCAGGUCCUACUAAAUUGUUUCUGUUGGUGAAAGCUCCAUCUUCUUUCAAUUUACCUCUGCAUUUUCUUCCAAAACGUGACUUCAGAUACAGUAAAAAGAUUGUGCCUUCCCGAUUGCAAAUUAAGUGUAGAAGCCAUGUUCUGCAAAUGGAUGCUCCUGAUUGUAGUUCUCAAACCAGCAGCUCCAGAAAUUUGAGAGAAUCUGCUUCAAAUGAUUUAAUCUGGUUUCAAUGUCGCCAUGUAAUCAAAGGCCUUGCAUUCAAGAUCCCAACCGAAGAAUGA